AUGGCUUCACAAUCCCCCCUCUACAUCGGGUUCGACCUCUCGACCCAGCAGCUCAAGGGCGUCGCCGUCAACUCCGACCUCAAGGUAGAAUACCUGGCCAAAUUCGACUUUGACGCCGACUCGACCGGCUUCUCCAUCAAAAAGGGCGUCAUGACCAACGAGGCCGAGCACGAGGUGUUUGCCCCCGUGGCGCUGUGGCUGCAGGCCAUGGAUACCGUGCUCGAGAGUCUGCGUAAGCAAGGAAUGGACUUUGGCCGGGUCAAGGGGAUCAGUGGUGCGGGCCAGCAGCACGGCAGUGUCUACUGGAGCUCGAAUGCGGAGCAAUUGCUGCAGGGGCUGGAUGCGAAGAAGACGCUCGAGGACCAAUUGUCCGCGGCGUUCUCGCAUCCGUAUAGUCCGAAUUGGCAGGACGCGAGUACGCAGAAGGAGUGUGAUGAGUUUGAUGCGGUGCUGGGAGGGCCCGAGCAGCUUGCGCAGGCGACGGGGAGCAAGGCGCAUCACAGAUUCACGGGUCCUCAGAUCUUGCGAUUCACGCGAAAACACCCUCAGGUGUACGAAAAGACAUCGCGGAUCUCCCUGGUCUCUUCUUUCAUUGCCUCUCUCUUCCUCGGCCACAUUGCGCCCUUUGACAUCUCGGAUGUCUGUGGCAUGAACCUGUGGAAUAUCAAGCAGGGCGGCUAUGAUGAGAAGAUUCUCAAGCUGUGCUCCGGCACGUUCGACGUCGAGGGUCUCAAGAACAAGCUCGGCCCUCUCUACGAAGAUGGCGGCAAGCACCUGGGCUCGGUUCACUCCUACUAUCGCGAGCGCUACGGCUUCAGCCCCGACUGUACCGUGAUUCCCGCCACGGGCGAUAACCCCGCCACCAUCCUGGCCCUGCCCCUGCGUCCCUCGGACGCCAUGGUCUCCCUGGGCACAUCGACCACCUUCCUCAUGUCGACUCCCAACUACAAGCCCGACCCGGCCACUCAUUUCUUCAACCACCCUACCACCGCCGGUCUGUACAUGUUCAUGCUCUGCUACAAGAACGGCGGCCUCGCACGUGAACACGUCCGCGACGCGAUCAACGACACCUUCCACGAUCCCUCCCUCGCGCACAGCUGGACACACUUUGAUGAAAAGGCCCUCUCCACCUCCCCCAUGGGCCAAACCUCCCCAACCUCCCCCAUGAAGCUCGGCCUCUUCUUCCCCCGGCCCGAAAUCGUCCCCAACCUGCGCGCCGGCCAAUGGCGCUUCACCUACGACCCAACGACCGGUGCCCUCACCGAGUCCACCGGCCUUUCUACCUGGAACACCCCGCACGACGAGGCCCGCGCCAUCAUCGAAAGCCAAAUGCUCUCCUUACGCCUGCGCUCCCGCGGCCUCACCCACAGCCCCGGGCCCGGUCUCCCGCCCCAGCCGCGCCGCGUCUACCUCGUCGGCGGCGGCUCCAAGAACAAGGCCAUUGCCAAGAUUGCCGGUGAGAUCCUGGGCGGCGUCGAGGGCGUGUAUAAGCUCGACAUUGGCGAUAAUGCGUGCGCGUUGGGGGCGGCGUACAAGGCCGUGUGGGGCAUUGAGCGGGCAGAGGGCCAGACCUUUGAGGAGUUGAUCGGGCAGCGGUGGAAGGAGGAGGAUUUUGUCGAGAAGAUUGCGGAGGGGUAUCAGGAGGGGGUGUUUGAGUUGUAUGGGAAGGCGGUUGAGGGGUUCGAGGCGAUGGAGAAGAGGGUUUUGGAUCAGGUCCGGGCGGAAAAGCGUGCGUAG